AUGUUGCCGCUGCUCUAUGCCAUCGCAUCAACCAUUUCGCUCUUCUCGCUGCAGCUGGCAGAGAUGAUUGGACUCGUGCGGGAUUUGUACGAGCCGAUUCUGGCUGUUGCAACAGUCGUGCUUAAGAUCCUCGGCAAGUACCAAGACGGACGUUUGAAUGUGCAAAAUGGAUACACGUGGAUUGCGCUGUUGUACAUUUCUGGCAAGGACUGA